ACUACGUUCAGUGAAGGAGCAGACCCUGAGCUGAGAAGAUGCGACUCGGACACUUAUCAGUGUCUGAUCUGCACAAAAAAGGGGAGCUAUGCAAAGCUUGUGUCCCAUCUGCAGGGAAACCAAAGGUCAAUGGUGGAGUACGGUGGAAAGGGCCCAACAAGCCCAACAGAAGCGACGCGAGGCAUGUUGUCUGUUAACCAGUGUAAUCACAGAGGAUCAGGGCAUGCUGCAACACCUUAAAAACAUCAUCACAGGCAACACGGUGUCUCCUUGGGCCAAGAAACAGGACAGGGUCAUCCUUCUUUUUGAAGAUGAUGAACAAGUGGACAAAGUCAUGCACUUCUUGUCUGAAGUACUCGAACGUACUGAGACAGACAAGAAGUCUGCAGAUCCAGUGGCGUUUGUAAUGGAUGUACUUUUGCCAGAGGCAACAGUAUACGCCCUCGGAGCUGUUCACUCCAUCUCCCUGGACAAAGCCAAGGAGAUGUACAUGCGUGGCACAGAGUUUGACUCAAGCGAGAUAACCCAGCUUGGGGAACAGCUUCAGAGCCACAUUUACACAGCAAUUACAAGAAAGUCUUGGAGUGUGAGGAAUUCCUCAGGCGCUUGUAAUCCCUGGGUAGUGAAUGUGUCUGCUGGAUAGUCUGUUGUGUAUAAAAUAAAGAAAAUAUAUCAUUCAUCACUUGUAUUCAUUACAUGGAUUUGAAAGUUAUACAACUUUCUGUGCAGAAUCAAGGGUUUCAGUGCAUUUGUUUUACUUUCAUCAAAAGACCUACUGAUGUCCAACUGGCUGGGUUUGAUUCAGAUACCAAUGUUUCACAUAUCUUCCUGGAAAUAGGUAACAUCUCCUUAAUGACAUACUCAGCAGAUCUUGUCUACUUAA